AGACGAGCCACCAGGCUCUGCAGAACAUGCCCAGAGUGCUCCGGGAAGUGGAAGUCUUGAAACAGGAGGCAACGUUCCUGAAGGAGCAGAUGAUCCUUGUCAAAGAAGACAUCAAGAAGUUUGAAGAAGACACAGCUCAGUCAAUGCAGGUGCUGGUGGAGAUUGACCGGGUGAAGUCUCGGAUGCAGCUGGCUGCUGAGUCUCUUCAGGAGGCAGACAAAUGGAGCACGUUGAGUGCAGACAUUGAGGAGACUCUUAAAACACAGGACCUGGCUGUCAUCUCGGCCAAGCUGACGAGCAUGCAGAGCAGCCUGGCCAUGCUGGUGGACACCCCAGAUUACUCUGAGAAGUGUGUGCACCUGGAGGCCCUGAAGAACCGGCUGGAGGCCAUGGCCAGCCCCCACAUCGUGGCUGCCUUCAGCUCCCAGGCCACAGAUCAGGCAAAAACGUUUGUUAAAGUCUUCACCGAGAUCGAUCGGAUGCCCCAGCUUCUUGCUUACUACUACAAGUGUCACAAGGUGCAACUGGUGGCAGCAUGGCAGGAGCUGUGCCAGAGCGACUUGAGCUUAAACCGUCAGCUGAGGGAGCUGUAUGACACCCUCCUGGGGACCUGGCACUCCCAGCUCCAGUGGGCAGCACAGGUUUUCAAGAACCCCCAUGAGAUAGUGACUGUGUUGCUGAUCCAGACCCUGGGGGCGUUGGUGCCUUCCAUCCCUGUCUGCCUCAGCACAGCCCUGGAGAGGACGGGCCAGGACACCAAGCUGAGCAAGCUGCUGGAGCUCUACGAUGCCACCACCCACUUUGCAAAAGGGCUGGAAGUGGCCAUGCUGCCAAACCUGAGGGAGCAGAACCUGGUAAAGGUGAUGGAGCUGGUGGAAGCAGUGUAUGGUCCAUACAAGCCCUAUCAACUGGAGUAUGGAGACCUGGAAGAGGAAAAUCUCCUCAUUCAGAUCAGUGCAGUGCCCUUGGAGCAUGGGGAAGUGAUUGACUGUGUCCAGGAGCUGAACCAUUCAGUCAGCAAACUCUUCAGCCUGGCUUCUGGAGCCAUCGACGACUGCGUGAAGCUCACGGAUGGGCUGGGAGCCUGUGGGCUCCUCAGGGCCCUGAGAGCUCUGUUCAACAAGUAUACCUCUGACUUCACAAACACCUUGCAGUCAAUACGAAAGAAAUGCAGGCUGGAUGAUGUGCUGCCAGAUGCCCUUUUCCAGGAGGACUGGACUGCCUUCCAGAACUCUGUGAGGAUAAUUGCUACUUGUGGUGAGCUCCUUCGUCAGUGUGGAGACUUGGAGCAGCAGCUGGCCAACAGGAUUUUAUCAACUGCUGGGAAGUAUCUCUCAGACUCCUACAGUCCUUGUAGUUUUCCUGGCUUUCAGGAUACCAGUUCUACAGAAAAGAAGAGCUCUGUGAAGAAUCCCUGGCAGGAGUACAAUUAUCUUUUGAAGGAGAAUCCCUCUGAGUAUGGCAGCCUCAUGGAAACGCUUUACACUCUGAAGGAGAAGGGUACAAGCAGCCAGAGCCUGCUGCCCUCAGCACGGGCUGCCCUCGGCCGCCUCAACCAGCUGGCACACCUCCUGGCCUUCGACUCCCUCUUCCUGCCCAUCAGGCAGCAGCUCCUGCUCGUCCCCAAGAUGGAGGGUUGGAGUUCUGGUGGCACCGGUGAGACCCUGACAGAUGACCUGCCAAACUUCAGCCUGACUCCUCUGGAAUAUAUCAGCAAUAUUGGGCAAUAUAUUAUGUCGCUUCCUCUCCACCUUGAGCCAUUUGUCACUCAAGAGGAUUCUGCUUUGGAGCUGGCAUUACAUGCUGGGAAACUGCCUUACCCCCCAGAACAAGGGGACGAGCUGCCGGAGCUGGACAACAUGGCUGACUGCUGGCUGGGCUCGGUGGCCAGGGCCACCAUGCAGACGUACUGCGAGGCCAUCCUGCAGAUCCACGAGCUCUCGGCCCACGCCACGAAGCAGCUGAGCACAGACAUUGAUUAUCUCAUAAACGUGAUGGAUGCCCUGGGCCUUCAGCCCUCCAGGACACUGCAGAGUCUGGUGGUGCUGCUGAAGGCCAAGCCCGAGGAGUACCGGCAGGCCGG